AUGGCUUCAGGAAUCCUGGUGAACAUAAAGAACGAGGUGACCUGCCCCAUCUGCCUGGAGCUCCUGACAAAACCCCUGAGCCUACGCUGUGGCCACAGCUUCUGUCAAGUCUGCAUCAAGACACACGACAAAGAGUCCAGGAUUGGCCAAGGAGGAGAGAGCAGCUGCCCUGUUUGCCGAACCCCUUACCAGCCCGGGAAACUGCGGCGUAAUUGGCCCAUGGCCAACAUAGCGGAGAGGUUCAGGGAGGUCAAGUUAAACCUGGAGGAGGAACAAAAGGGAGAUCUCUGUGUGCGCCAUGGAGAGAAACUCCUGUUCUUCUGUAAGGAGGAUGGGAAGGUCCUUUGCUGGCUUUGCGAGAGGGCUAAGGAGCACCGUGGUCACCACACAUUCCUCAUGGAGGAUGUUGCCCAGGAAUAUCAGGAGAAGCUCCAGGCAGCUCUGGAGAGGCUGAAGAAUGAGCAGCAAGAAGCUGAGAAGUUGGAAGCUGAUGUCAGAGAAGAGAGAACUUCCUGGAAGAAUCAAAUACGAUGUGACACACAACGUAUCCAGGCAGAGUUUUAUCAAAUGAGAAGUAUCCUGAACUCUGAGGAGCAGAAGGAGCUGCAUAAGCUGAAGAAUGAGGAGGGAGAUAUUCUACGUAACCUGGCCAAGGCUGAGAAAAAGCUGGUCCGGCAAAGCCAGUUGGUGAGAGCUCUCAUCUCAGAUGUGGAGCAUCGGUUGCAGGGGUCAACAAUGAAAAUGCUGCAGGAUGUGAAUGGCAUCUUGGAAAGGAGUGAGACCCUGACUCUGAAGAAGCCAAAAACUUUUCCUGUGGAACAAAGGAGAGUGUCCCGAGCUUCUGAUCUGAUAGGGAAACUGCAAGUGUUUAAAGAGCUGACAGAGGUCCAGUGCUACUGGGUGGACGUGAUGCUGAACCCAGUGAAGUCCUGUUCGAACGUUAUUAUAUCUGCGGACAAGAGAAAAGUGAUGCUUCGUCGUGUUUUAGAGGUUUUUAACAUGAAUCCAUGUAAUUUUUCUACUUUUGAUAUCUUGGGCCACCAAUGUUUCUCCUCAGGGAAAUAUUACUGGGAAGUAGAUGUGUCUAGGAAGAUUGCCUGGAUCAUGGGAGUAUACAGUGAAAUAAGUAGCUUUGAUAUAAGUAGGAUUUCUGUGUUUAUUUUUGGCCACAGUGAAAAUUAUCCAAAUAUUUACUCCAAAUAUGGACCUCAAAAUGGCUACUGGGUUAUAGGGUUACAGAAUGAAUCUGAGUACAGUGCCUUUGAGGACUCUUCCACCUGUGACCCCCAGAUCGUGACUCUUUCCAUGGCUGUUCCUCCUUGUCGUGUUGGGGUUUUCCUAGACUAUGAAGCAGGCACUGUCUCAUUUUUCAAUGUCACGAACCAUGGGUCACUCAUUUACAAGUUUUCUAAAUGUCGCUUUUCUCGUACUGUUUAUCCUUAUUUCAAUCCUUGGAACUGUCCAACUGCCAUGACUCUGUGCCCACCGAGCUCCUGA